AUGAGAACUUCAAAGAGCCUCCCAUUGCUGGUUUCAGCUCUCCUGGGAUCAGUAGCACAUUCUGCCAACAUCUCACUCCCUGAAGCUCUUGCAGAAAGCUAUGCUCCGAUCCGAGUCGAAUGCCCAUCAGAUAUCCAAUGGGUCCGCCCAGCAACUGGUCUCGAUCCAGCCGAAGCAGAAUGGGUACACAACCGCAAACGUGUCGUUCUCGAUGCCCUCGAAAAAUACCUUCAUCGACUGGAGCUUGAAGAUUUCGAUGUUUACGAGUACGCCUAUCGACUUUGUAAUUCCAACUUGACUCACGUUCCAGUCCUCGGAAUGAUAGUUAGUGGUGGCGGUUAUAGAUCUGGAUACACGGGCACAGGUGGCAUGAGAGCACUAGAUGACAGACUCCCCGAAGCUGUUGAACAACGUACUGGAGGCUUGCUUCAAAGUUUGACCUAUCUCGGAGGACAAUCUGGUGGCUCUUGGCCUGUCGCUUCCUUUUCAACGCACGACUUUCCCACCGCGGAUAAGCUCGUUCAAGAAUGGGUUGCAGCAAAUGCCAAACUUGGUGCCGUACCCGAAAACUCGACGACUGGCGGAUCACUAACAUCGAUCUUCGGCGAUGUUGCAGCAAAGUACGAAGCAGGAUUCCCGGUGACGGUCUCGGACUUUUUAGGCCGUGAUUUUUCAUACGAGUUUCUCCCUGGGCCGAAUGGUGGCCUUGGUCUCACUUGGUCCAGUCUCAGGAAUCAGAGUAAGUUCUUGAGUCACGAGAUGCCAAUGCCCAUGUUGCAAACCACAUCUCUCGAGGCGAACGAUGUGGUGUACCCACAAUACCUUGGCCUGCAAGUGCCGAACCUCAACAAUCCUGCAUAUGAGAUCACUCCUUUCGAAAUGGGAUCUUGGGAUAGCAGUGUCAGUGCUUUCACUCCGAUGGAAUGGACCGGUACCAGUCUCUUGAAUGGGAUGCCUGUCAAUACAAGUUCGUGUGUCCAAGGCUGGGACAGAAUAAGUUUCAUGAUGGGUACUGCCGCUGCCGCAUUCAACUUCUGGUAUAUUGAAGACGCUACAAACGGAACUGUAGCACCAUUUCCAAAACGAUCAAUAGACACAACGAUGCAAGGUCUGGAGAAGCGUUACGAGGGCCAAUCGCUAUUUCCAGAAAGUGAAAUUCAAACACUGAUCGAGGUCUACAAAUCUGACUUUAAUCUCUCGAUGCCAGAGAUUGCAUACUCGAUUUGGCCAAAUCCUUUUCAAGUUAAUACAACGAACAACACAACUUCUGUAUCAGACUCCGUCGGAUCUUUAGCGGAACUCACUUUCGUCGAUAGCACCGAAACUGGAUCCUCUUUGCCUAUAGCAGGAAUGAUUCAGCCUGCACGCAACGUCUCAUUCAUCAUCGCUUGGGACGACGACGCUGAUUCCAUUCCAUACGCAUGGGACAAUGGAACCAAUUUGUACAAUGCCUACACUAUUGCUAAUGCAUCAGGACUUCCGUUCCCGAUCAUUCCACCUGUAGCAACCAUCAUGAAUCGUAACUACUCAUUGAAACCAACUCUCUUCGGCUGCGACGCAAACCUGACUACCACGAAGUCUACCGCAUCACCCAUUGUCCUGUACAUGACGACGGCACCUUACUCUGCAUACACGAACUACACCUGGAUAACAGGGAACUUCUCACUCACCCAAUUUAAUGAGAUUUUCGUCAAUAGCUUCAACCAAAUCACUCAAGGCAAUGGAACUCUCGAUUCAGAAUGGACGACUUGUCUAGGCUGUGCAGUCAUUGACCGCAGUUUGAGCGCACUUGGGAUGCCCAGAACCAGGCAAUGCGAGAAGUGUAUGGACAAGUAUUGCUGGGACGGAACCGUGGAUGAUGUUGAACCAGAGAUUAUGGAUCCGCCCCUGAUGUUAUACCCAAACAUCAGUUUUGCGGAGUGGAAUGCGACAAGUGCUAUAUACAGCGAGUAAAGGUGUUGACAGUAGACCAUAAUGGUAGUUGAAUUGGCAGCUCCAAUUUCCCGUAUGAUAAAACCUCUAUAAUAUCUUGUUGUAAUCAUACGGCAUGG